ACUGCCCACAACAGUAGCAUAGCACCGUCGCCCUCCUAGGACUCGAGAACAUCGAAAGUUCAGAUUACCGCCCACCAUGCAGCCAACUCUGCCGCUCCAGCGAGCCCUUCGCCGGCUGCCGCUGACGACCAAACAAGGCCCGCACAACUACUACAAAGGAAACAGGACGGGCGCGAUGGGAAGGCAUACCAAGCAUGGAGGCUACAUAAUAGACUGGAACAAAGUGCGAACAUAUGUGUGUCCGGACUUGACUGGUUUCGAACUGACUCCAUUCGUCGCCAAAAAGAUAUCACCACCGGAAAAGGAAAGCUACGCGCACACUGAAACCAAAAACCCGAUGGACGGGAAGGAGUACAUUAUGAAGUGGAAGGAAGACGGUGGAACCCUAUGAAGACUGGGCGAUAGGUAACAUGAGACGAAUGAAAGACGAUUUCGAUGCAGACCCAAGCCGCAAGCAUUCCCUCGUGAGUGAAGGGGAGGGAAUCGGCAUGCCUAGCUCUGGUCAAGUGCUGGCGGACGAAGGACAAGAAUUCGCACUGUUCUUCUGUACAGACCGCUACGUGUGUCGCUUGGAGCCGUGGCAUACGGAGGGACUGGCGGCGAUCCAUUGAACAAGCUGAACACUCUGGAUAUUGUCGAGUCGAUGGCACACCGAGCGGACCGGGUGAGCGAAAAGCUCAAUCGUCACUUCACAACAACGAUGAAUGGUCAGCGCGGUUGGUGGAAGCGGGCAGAAUGAUUGGCGCUCCAUGCGUUUCCAAGACACGCAGACCCAAGAAACCCGUACAUCUAGUCUGUACCCUCGAACCGCUGACGGACCGCAUCACGAAUGCAGUCCUUUGUCCAGUAGCUCACAAAUCAAGCAAUAACCCGAUGGUUGAGAGGAGUAGGAGCCAGAAGAUACGAGCCACCCUUUCCAGCACCUACUCCGCAUCAUCACUGUCAUUCAUGUCUAUUUCCU